AUGUUUGAUAAUAGUAGCAAUUAUGGUUCAUUUGCUAAAGAUGCCCUUUUGGUCUCACAAAUGGGUAUGAAAGAUAGUACAAAAAAACUACUUCUUCAUGAUGAUACAAUGCCUGAUGGUUCCAAGCAUAUAAUAAUCUAUAUAGACAAUGCUAAUGUAAAAAGGCCUAAGGGAAUUAAACGAGUUCUUGAAGAAAGAGGUUUGUGGAUACCAGGCCUUAUAAAAAAGUGUGAUACAUAUAAAAAAAAUAAGCCUGAUUCAAACAACCCAAACUGUUGUGCUUCAUGUAUUCUUUCAGCUCAACCCGACUUUGCAGCUCAAAGAUCACACAUAUUAAAUAAUUUAUUAAAAAUUCACUGCUUUGCUUGCCAUUCUGAACAAUUUAUGAGUGCUUAUGAACUUGGACUUUCUGGAAAGGCUGCUAACUUUGCAGUAAAGAAGUAUCGUUCUCAUCAUCGAAUUUCAGAACAAGUUCUUGAAGAAUUCACUUAUGAUUAA